AUGAAUGAUCAAAAAGAUGAAGGCAAUAUGCCGAAUUAUACAAAUAGCCACAAAGAACAAUGGAGCCUUUUUCAUGAAAAAAUAAUUGAGUCUACACGUGGAAGUAUUAAAUAUGAUGAAACACAAUUAGUUGACAGUUAUUCUGUCGAUUUAAAAAGUCCAAACAAAUUUAGUUUUACUUUAUCUUCUACUGGAAUUGUAUCUCCAGAAGAGUCUGAAGUUGCUAAGAAAUUAUUGAAAAUAUGUAAUUUACGAGAUAUAUUUAUGAAGGAAUAUCCUGACAUUGAUACGACACUUGUCAGAAGUAAUACAUUGUCUGAAGAAGAUAAAAAAAAAGACAUUCAUCAUUUAAAAUCUUCGGAACCUUUAUAUGAUCUAAAAAAUGCUGUAAUUUUAAAAAAAUGUAACGCCUUUAUAAAUUGUGUGGAUGGAAUUUUCUUUGUCCACUGGGACCCCGACUCCGACGUUGGACCGCAAACGGCGGAAGAAUGCAAUGAAAGUAAUAAGAUAAAAGGGCAUAAUGAAAUAAAAACAACAGAAGAAUAUUUAGAAGCAAUUCAAGAAAUAAUGACAAUAGCUCACGACCCAGCAUGUAAAAGUUUUUGUUAUCAUAGAUUAAAAUAUUUAGAACAAAAAUUUGAUUUUCACAUAAUGUUUAAUGGGCCUUUAGAAUUAAAAGAAACUGCAAAUAUAAAACAUCGAGAUUUUUACAACAUAAGAAAAGUAGAUGCACAUGUACAUCAUUCAGCAUGUAUGCAACAAAAAUCAUUAUUAAGAUUUAUAAGAGAAAAAUAUAAUACAGAACCUGAUACAAUAGUAUAUAUAAAUGAAAAUGGAAAAAAAAUAAAAUUAAAAGAAUUAUUUGAUAAUGAACUAAAAUUUUCUGCCCAUCAAGCAACAGUUGAUAAUUUAGAUGUUCAUGCAUUAGGAAAUUGUUUUCAUAGGUUUGAUCUGUUUAAUGAAAAAUAUAAUCCAUUUGGACAGAGACUAUUAAGAGAUAUAUUUUUAAAGACUGAUAAUUAUAUAGAAGGUAAAUAUUUAGCAGAAAUUACAAAACAAGAAAUAAAUAUUUUAGAAAAAUCAAAAUAUCAACAUGUUGAAUGGCGUAUAUCUAUUUAUGGUAAAGACAAAAAUGAAUGGACCAAGCUAGCUAAAUGGGUUCUAAAUAAUAAUCUAACAAGUGUUAGAGUACGUUGGAUAAUUCAAAUACCUAGAUUAUAUCAUAUUUAUAAAAAAAGAAAAUUAAUAAAUUCUUUUCAAAAUUUUUUAUCAAAUAUAUUUGAACCUUGUUUUGAAGCUAUAAAAAAUCCUGAACAAAAUAAAGAAAUCUUUUUAUUCUUACAACAAAUAGUUGGAUGGGAUAGUGUAGAUGAUGAAUCAAUCGUUUCAAAAUAUACAUUAAAAGGUGGUGUUCUUCCAACUCCUGAUAAAUAUACUAGUGAAAAUAAUCCCCCAUAUUCAUAUUAUGCAUAUUAUAUGCAUGCUAAUAUAAGAGCAUUGAAUGAUUUUCUUAUUGCUCGAAAAUUGAGACCCUUGACUUUUCGACCCCAUUGUGGAGAAAUCGGAAACAUCAGUCAUUUAGCAUCUAUGUUUUUACUAGCUGACAGAAUAAAUCAUGGAAUCGCUUUAAGAAAAUCACCUGUUCUUUUAUAUUUAUAUUAUUUAAAACAGAUAGGAUUAGCCAUGUCCCCUUUAUCCAAUAAUGCCCUAUUUUUAUCUAUAGAGAAAAACCCAUUUAAGCGUUUUUUUAAGGUUGGAUUGAAUGUAUCAUUAUCGACUGAUGAUCCACUGAUGUUUCAUUUUACUAGUGAGCCAUUGCUGGAAGAAUAUUCUGUUUGUGCACAUAUUUGGAGAUUAACUACAGUAGAUUUGAGCGAAAUCGCUAGAAAUUCUAUAAUUCAAAGCGGAUAUGAGCCAUCAUUUAAAAGACAUUGGCUGGGGGAGGGAGGAGAAAAUACGUCACCCAAUUUUUCAAGCAACCCAGAAAAAACAAAUAUACCCAAAACCAGAAUGUCUUACAGAAAAAAAACAUGGACUGAGGAAAGUGAAAAUAUCAAAAGACUUGCUAAUCAUUUUAAUAAAUCAUAG